CUGUCUCAACCCACCGGUUCGAAACAGAUUCUUUGCUUGUUCAACUGUUUCGAUAUACAUCUGCAGCUUUGGAUCAAACCACAGUCGUCCAUUGAUUUAGUUCGACCGGUUAUACGACAGAUCUUACUAGGCCCAGGGUCCGGAAGUGCACGGCAGCUCGCUCUCCAGUCCAGCUUCGUCUUCUUUACACGAAAUUCUUUCGCAUUGAUUUCCGGCCAAGGGCGCCCUCUUUUCUACUUGGUCUGCAGAAGCAUGGCAAGAGAAUAAGUCUACAAACAGGCUACCGCAUAUUAAGCCUUUCUAUACAUAACAUCCACCUCCUCCGGCCAGUUGGCCACCCAAGUUACAGAGUGCAGCCGGCAGCCAAUACUUGCACUCGCACAUGUCUCGGCGCGCUUUGCCAUCGGCUUUGAGCCAGAUGAAGUCCAUACACCAUCUUGCAGCUCGGCUGCCCUCGAGUGUCUCGCUCCCACGGUCAUCUGUUGGCGCCCUUGUCUUGACACGACACAUUGCGUCAACCUCGGCGGUUGCUGAACAACCAGAGCCUCAGCCAAACCAUACGAUUCCGCCGCCUCCUCCGUCUCCGAGUGUCCUUUCGCGUCGGGAUCGCAUCCGGGAUGCUAAGCCCUUCUCAGACUUUCUUACAGAUACCUUUCACCGGCAGCAUGACUAUCUGCGCAUCUCCGUCACUGAAAGGUGUAACCUGAGAUGUCUGUACUGCAUGCCAGAAGAAGGUGUUCCGCUGUCUCCUGAUAGGAAUCUCCUGACCAGCCCCGAGAUUAUUAUGCUGUCUUCCAUCUUUGUAUCACAAGGCGUGUCCAAAAUUCGGCUCACAGGAGGGGAGCCCACGGUAAGGCGAGACAUCUUGCCUCUCAUGCACCAACUCGGUGCGCUACGCCCAUACGGGCUCCGGGAACUAUGUAUAACCACCAAUGGCAUUUCAUUGCACCGGAAGCUGGAUAGCAUGAUUGAGUCUGGACUUACUGGAGUAAAUCUAAGUCUUGAUACCUUGGAUCCAUGGCAAUUCCAAAUCAUGACAAGGAGAAAGGGAUUUGAUGCUGUCCAGAAAAGUAUCGACCGCGUCCUAGAGAUGAAUUCGUUAGGUGCCGGGGUCAAGUUAAAGAUCAACUGCGUCGUGAUGCGUGGCCUCAACGACCGGGAAAUCCUUCCCUUUGUCGAACUGACAAGAGAGAAAGACCUUGAGGUACGCUUCAUCGAGUAUAUGCCUUUCGACGGCAACAAGUGGAACAAGGGCAAAAUGUUCUCGUACGAUGAGAUGCUGGACGUAAUCCGGGGCAAGUACCCUGACUUGCACAAGGUUCGCGAUGAAAAGAACGAUACAAGCAAGACUUGGAAAAUACCUGGGUUUGCAGGCCGCCUUGGCUUCAUCACAAGCAUGACACAUAAUUUUUGCGGCACCUGCAAUCGGCUCCGGAUUACGAGUGAUGGCAAUCUCAAGGUCUGCCUUUUUGGAAACGCCGAGGUAUCAUUGCGGGAUAUCUUGAGGAAAUCCAACAGCGGAGACCCCAUAGAUGAAGAGGCGUUUGAGGCCAUGAAGCAGAUUGAGAUGAACCGCCGGCAAGGUCUCGCCGGCACCGAACUUCCAUUAGGGGUGGCACCAAACGAAGCUGAGCUGCUCGAUGUCAUCAGAAUAGCUGUCAAGGGGAAGAAAGCAAAGCAUGCCGGUCUUGGAGAGCUAGAGCACAUGCCGAACCGGCCGAUGAUAUUGAUAGAUCCUGUUGCGCCGACACUCACGACUAUGCCACCUGGAACACGGCAGCUUAUCGGUCGUGUUAUGCCAUGGUCUGGUGUAUCAACAACAGCUACCCCCGGUUACCUUGGACAACAGCGACAACUACGGCGACUCUCCAGCUCACGGAGCCUGAGAAAUGACAAAGAUGACAAGAACCAAAGCUCAGCACGCCUCACGCAUGUAUCCGAGUCAGGAUCAGCACACAUGGUCAACAUUUCAGAAAAGCAAGUGACGUCGCGCGUAGCCACGGCCGCGUGCGCAGUGCACUUCUCAGACGACACGGCAAUCAAGCUUAUACGGGAGAACCAGAUGAAGAAGGGCGACGUGCUCGGCGUGGCUCGAGUUGCCGGCAUCAUGGCGGCGAAGCGCACCCCGGAUCUCAUCCCCCUGUGUCACCCCAUUGCCAUUACGCGCGUGAGCGUCGAUCUGGAGGUCGUGGGGAGUCGCCAGAUCGAGAUCCGGGCGACGGUCUCGUGUGAUGGGAAGACGGGGGUUGAGAUGGAGGCGCUCACCGCGGCGUCAUCGGCGGCCCUGACGGUCUACGAUAUGUGCAAGGCUGUGGAUAAGGGGAUGAAGAUCGAGGGGCUCCGGGUCGUUCUAAAGGACGGGGGGAAGAGUGGCAGAUGGGAGAUGCCUUGAUGUAUGAUGUAUGAUGUGCACUUUUACAUGGAUACAGGAUGCAAGCAAUGCUAGCAGCUAUCUGUUAUGGACGUCAUAGUACCCUCUCGAGGGAAGAGCAAGAGAUCGGCAUAGCAAAGUAAUGGCGAUUUUACAAGCCAAUGUUGGUUCCAAGAAACAUUUGGAUACCUUAUCUUACAGUGUGUAGAAUAAGAUCACCAAUGAAUGUG